AUGUGCAUCAAGUCAAUCCUUAUCUUAUUUUGCCUUGCUCAAUUAGUUUCAGCCAGCGGGUGAGUAAACAAUUUUUCUAAUUUGAAAUGAAAAAAAAAACAGAUUUUUUACUAAAUUGAAAGAAAAUAUAUAAAUUUAUGGAAUUUUUCAGUUACAGAUAUUUGAAACGAGCUGAUUUCGAUGAUCCACGCAUGUUUUCGUCAGCUUAUGGAAAACGAUCUGGAGGAGGAUAUUUGGCAGCACCCGGAAUUUCAGAUUAUGAUGAUCAGCCCACACAAAAAUAUAUUGCACUACGAGUAAGAAGACACGACUUCGAAGACCCAAGGUAUGAUUUGAGAAAGAACGAGGAUUUAAAAAAUACUAUUUUUAGAUUCAUGUCAAUGUCAUUCGGAAAACGAUCAGUCAUUGACGAAAUCCACGACUACGCCACAAAUAAACGAGCUGAAGCAGAUGAUCCAAGGUAAUACUCAAAUUCAGAAAGAAAAUUAUCGAAUUAUUUUUUUUUGCAGAUUUUACUCGGGAUCAUUCGGAAAAAAGUGA